AUGAACAUUGAGUGGUUCAAGAAUCAUGUGGUCUUUCUCACUGGGGGGACGGGUAAUCUUGGAGGCUGCUUGCUAUACAAGCUGACCAUUCAACUCCCCACUGCCAAGAUAUUUUUGUUGAUACGAGGGUCAGUUCAAAGUGCAAUUGAGUCAUUGGAGCAGUCGAUGCCUGAGCAUAUUGAUGAAAUCAUUGCGACUGGGAAAAUACAGUUCCUGAUAGGUGAUAUGACCCUGCCCAACCUCGGCCUUGCUCCUUCUGAUGUCCUACGUCUACAAACCGAGACCACUCUGGUGAUAAACUCCGCUGGUGAUAUAUCUUUAUCCCGAGAUCUUGCAGAAACUCUCCCAAUUAACUGCACCGCGCAUCUGACACUGAUCAGUCUGGCGGACAGCUUCACUCGCCUGAGCCACUUUCUACAUGUUUCAACGACAUAUUCGUCAAGCUUUCUUCCUGAUGGGACAAUAAAGGAGAAGGUUUACUCCAUCAUCGACGAUCCGCAAGAGGAACUAGAAUCGAUCAUUGCCACAGGCCAGUCGUACUUUACUAAACAAUUUGCUGCACCAUAUGCAUUGGCCAAAUACUUGGCCGAAUGCUUGCUUCUGAAAGGCGAUCACAGGUUUUCAGUUCUCAUUGUACGGCCUUGCCUUAUAUCACCUGCAAUAAAGGAGCCCUUCCCCUUUUACGGCAGUGAUGGCGCAAUACCUGUACAUUCAUUCCUUCAAGUUCUCUUGGAGGACUCGAACUAUGGGCCAUUCAAGCUGGAAAAGAUAUUACCGGAACAUGUUUCCUGUAAUGAAAUUCCGGUUGAUCUUGUGGCACGUGUGUGUCUUGCUCAUCUCGCCAAAGGCACGACGGGUGUGGUCCAUGCCGGUGCAGAUCUUUAUGUAACUCGAAAUGUCGGGGAAUUGCUCAACAGCAUGCGCCGUCACGCUCCAGAUGGAGUUGUUGAAAAGGUCAGAGAAGCUGGUAUAGAUCAUGGCGACGUCACUGCACCUGAGCUCUUCAGCAUGAUUCAUCAAUUCGCUCGCGAUUGGCAAAUUGAAUGUACUCGCUCUGUUGACUUGAAGGAAGUAGCCGGACCUUUGGGGCUCAAUUUUAAUGACCAUGACCCCGAUUUGUUCCUCAAAAAUCGAAUUGAGAGACUUGCCAAAUCUGUGUUGGAGAGGCUGAAGAGCCUGAAUCCCUCUGGCACAAAGGUAUAUCAGAGUUUGACCGUAUGA